AUGUCCCCAGCGUCAGGCGAGUGCCUGCAGUGCUACUGGUCCGGGCCGCUGGCGGAGCAGGUGCACCGGCGCGAGCGCGCGCCGCCUUGCGACGAGCUCUCCGACCAGGUCACGGCCUGCGACCCGGGCGCCAGGCGCCUGCAGUGCUGCUGGUGGCCGCUGGCGGAGCAGGUGCACCGGCGCGAGCGCGCGCCGCCCUACGACGAGCUCUCCGACCAGGUCACGGCCUGCGACCCGGGGUACACGCACUGCGCCACCGUCGCCUCGUCGCCGCGUACGUAUGCAACAUGUCCCCAGCGCCAGGCGCCUGCAGUGCUACUGGUGGCCGCUGGCGGAGCAGGUGCACCGCCCUGCGACGAGCUCUCCGACCAGGUCACGGCCUGCGACCCGGGGUACACGCACUGCGCCACCGUCGCCUCGUCGCCGCCCUUCGUCGAGUCCCGGUACUGCGUGAAGUUCUACCAAGACGAAUGCUACCUCCUGCACUGCAACUCGACCAACAACUACCGAAUGACGUGCCCCUGCCGCGGGGACCUCUGCAACGGCCCCAAAACCGACCGAGAGACCGACGCCUUCAAUGGACUGGUCAAAAUCGUCGCAAGAAAUCGAAGACUAAAACGAAAUGCCAUAACAUCCAGCACUUUCAUCAAUUCUGGUAAAACUAAAAUGAAUAAUAUAAUCGAAAACGAUGAACACGAAGAAAACGCUAUUGUUAACGAUACGAACAACGAAACUGAUGCCAACGUUACUGCUGAACAACCAACACCAGUAACAGAACCUGCUUCCAAUAUUACUAUGACGUCAGAGACAAUGAAUACAACGCCUGAAACACAAAUGGACAUGAAGCAGACAACGGAUGAACCUAAAAUGGUAGAAAGCAGUACUGAAGCCAGUAAAGAAAUGCCGAUCUCUUUAGAAGUAGCAACAACAAUGGCAGAAGCUCUUAAAAUAGACUCUACAACGACAAAAGCCCCAGAAAUGAUGAUGAAAGCUGAUGUAGUAAAAGAAAUGGUUACGACAAAAGCUCCUGAAACGAUGAUGAAAUCUGUUGAUGUGAAAGAAAUGGUGAGCAACGAAAUAAAACCAAGCAUGCAACUACCUACUGCUGAAGCGCUUCAGCAAAACGACAGUCCAGCAACGACUGAAAAAUCUAUGGAACAAAUGACUGAUACCACUACACUUACUACCACGACUGACGCUUACAAGAACGGGUCGCCUAUGCCACCGAAAUCUAAAAACGAUUCAGCAGCGGUGACCUUCAAUCCUUUUAUACUUAUAUGCAUUUUAGCAUUUAGUAUUAGUUUGUAAGUGCACUGUUAUUGGAUAAUGAGACAUUCUUUUAGAAUUACAAUCAUGGUUAUCUAUUUUCUUUCUCAUAACCUUAGGAAGAUUGAAUAGUUGUGCCGUAAAAAUAUGUGAUAAUGAUCUCUAUCAAAUAGCUUUAAAAAGACCGCAGUUCUCAUUCAUCACAAACUACUAGAUUAGUUAAUAUUAAGUAUUUUAAAAUCACUUUUGAGUGCAUAACACAAUUGUUGUAAUCAAUUUAUUGGGAGCAAAUUGUAUAUUGUAAAUAUUAGUAGAAUAUAAUAGAUUGAUAUUAGUGUGUAAAAAAAAUACAACCUAUUUUCUAAUACUGAAUAACCUUACUCUUCGCACUAUCAUUCGCAUCUUUUCUUUGUGCAGUAAUACAGUUUCGAAUCAAAUGCAGUGCUGUAAUAGAUUGACUAAAACACUACACGUAGGAUUCAUAAAUGUGAUAUUAGUUUAGAUAUAGGUACUUUUAAAGUCAAUAAAAAUCUAAUUUACA